CUGAUGCAGGGCCAGAGGCAGCAAGAAGCUGAUCGACAAAGGCAAGAGUUGGGCUGUAUAAUAGAUGAGCCUAUUACUUGGACUCCAGCCUUUGGAAUGAGCCGGAUCUCCAAGGAAGCCUGCUAGACUUCAUGCUCUGCUGCACACUCGGGAAUAUCAGGAUGGAAGACUGUUUUCAAGCUGCUUUCUGACCGUCUCUGCAGGAUGUUUAGUGGGCAGUCUUAUCUACAUUCCUCCACUUCAACAGCAUCUUCUCCCCGCCAUCUUUGUUGCAGUUUUUAGCACUUCCAUAGCGAGGCUACUUUUUAUUAGAAAUGGCAACAGCGGAGGUUGCAUGUGCUUGUACGAGACAGUCUACCCUACCACAAGAGGGUAGAGAAAAAGAAGGCGCUUAUUGACUACAGCGCGGACUACAAUGGGGGACGCGCGCAAAGCACAUUGGAGGCACCAGGACCAUUGAUAACCUGAGGAAAUUAUCAAAUAAAGCAGUCGUGACUUUACCAUGGAUCACCACGUCACCUCUGUUAGCUUUACUCUGGUGGAUGAAGGCCGCAUGGAGGACCAGCGCUCUCUCCUCCAACCACCAAGGACGCUUUCACCGCGCCGGGCCUGCCCUCCCCAGUGCGGGAUACACCACACGGUGCAGAGAUCAGCGGACCACACGGUGUGGCUGGACAGAACCCAGGCCAUGGCCACCAUGCCUUUAUACAAUGGCCACCUUUGCCCCAGAGCCUCACCGUGCUCUGUGAGAAGGGGAGACAAAGGCAAAGGCAAGGACAGGAAGAAGUCUGAGACUUGCAAACAAUCCCACAAGGAUCGGAACCACAAAGGCAAAGCCAAAAACUCAAACGCUUCCAGACUCCAGGUGAAAGCGUCCUCUUGUAAUGAUGUUUCGCCGUGCGGGUCCCCCUUUAAGAGCUGCAGGAGGCAAGUCCACCUCAAGGAUGAAAGGAGGCCAGAUAACCUUUCCUUGGAGAUGAACGACCGCCAGAGCCUCCCAGAGAUCAUCAUCACCAGCAGGGACGACGAAGACCUCCACCCUCACACAGAGUCGCCGCCGUCUGAGGCAGCAGGCCUGCUGCCGGGGUCCGAGCGCGACACCCCCCGCACUCCCCAUUCCAGUCCCAAACACAAGGCGGACGCUAAGGACGACCAGUACUGGAAGACCCACAGCAUCGGGUGGCGGCUGGUGCGCAGGAGGGCCCUGUUUUUACGCAGGCAGCGCCUGAAUGACUGCGCUCUUGCUGUGGGGAUUUUUGGCGUGGUCAUGAUGGUGAUGGAGACCGAACUCUCUUGGAGCGUCUACAGCAAGAGCUCCGUCUCCUCGCUCGUGCUCAAAUCCAUCAUCAGUGUGUCCACCAUCAUCCUGCUGGGCCUCAUCGUGGCGUAUCACUGCUGCGAGGUGCAGCUCUACGUUCACGACAGCGGGGCGGAGGACUGGCGCAUCGCCAUGACGACCGAGCGCUCGGCCCUGAUAGCGCUGGAGCUGGCGGCGGCGGCCAUUCACCCGUACCCGGUGGGCCUGCUGGCCUACUUCCAGCAGACGGCCGCCACGCCGCUGCCGCUGUCGGAGACGGAGCUGGAGAUCGUGCUGGCGCUGCCCAUGUUCCUCAGGCUCUACCUGCUGGGCCGCGCCAUGAUGCUGCACAGCCGCCUCUUCACCGACACGGCGUCGCGCAGCAUCGGGGCGCUCAAUAAGAUCCACUUCAACACUCGCUUUGUGGGCAAAACCCUGAUGACCACCUACCCGGGCACCGUGCUCAUGGUCUUCAGCGUCUCCCUGUGGCUCGUCGCCGCCUGGGGUCUGCACGUGUGCGAGAGACACCACAACUACAGAGACCUGAGCAGCAACUACAUGGAGGCCCUGUGGAUGGUCUCCGUCACCUUCUUGUCCAUCGGCUACGGCGACGUGGUCCCUCACACCUACUGUGGGAGGAGCAUCUGCCUCCUCACCGGGAUCAUGGGCGCCGGCUGCACCGUGCUGGUGGUGGCGGUGGUCGCACGCAAGCUGGAGCUGACGCGGGCUGAGAAGCACGUGCACAACUUCAUGAUGGACUCGCUCAUCUCAAAAAGGAUCAAGAUUGCCGCCGCCAACGUGCUGAGAGAGACGUGGCUCAUCUACAAACACACCAAGCUCUCCAGGGAAAAAGACCACACCAGGGUCCGCAUGCACCAACGAAAGCUGCUGCUUGCCAUCCACCAGUUGCGGCGCGUGAAGGUGGAGAAGAGCAUCCUGGCAGACCAAAGCAACACACUUAUGGACAUGUGCAAGGUGCAGACCCUUUUGUACGACGUGCUGGGUGAAGUGCAGGGCUGCAGAUCGGAGCUGGACACACACAUCCACGGCCUGGAGAAACACGUGGAAGAGUUAAGGGAGGGUUUCCGCAGCUUGAUGCCACUCCUGUCCAACACUUUGUCCAUGCAGAACUCCUCCAUCAGACACCUGCUCAGGGAAAGGGAGAAGAACAGCGAGACAGCAGGAGGGAGUGACAGGUAGACGAGGUGUGCCCCCUGGUGGAGAGAGUUAGCACACCUGCUCACGUGACUUUGCAGUAGAUACACUUGCACAAAUUCUGCCUUUCCAAAGAACGAGGUUGAUUUUAGACUGGUAGUGGAGCUAAAAUCACAAUCAUGACAAAUGAUCUACUACUCUAAAUAAUUUUGUUCAAACAGAAGAUAUGUCUAUAUCUGUAUACAAGGACAAUGGUUCUAUAAUGUUCGCAUUUGUUUUAGGAAUACAAUUUCAUCAAAUGAAUAUGAUACAGCCAUCGAUACUAUCAGUUUGAAUUAUCAGCGUUCAAAUAGCUUUUUGUAUCAAUGACAAACUGCACUUUGUAUAAGAUGUUCUGAUGUAACAAUAAUUAGUGAGAGUAUGUUGUCAAAAUUCUUCAUUCUAAUAAAGAAAGCAAACAUGUGUUUAGC